CAGACACACCACUCUCUUCCAGUACUACUGUGGGACUGGAGCUCUGUGGCCCUGGCUGCUGUUUCCCAUGGAUAAGAUUAACCUAUUAGCCCUGAGUGAUGCCUGCAACAGACCAGUCUGUCAGAAAUAUUUAACUGAAAUACAGCCAUCUUAUUCUGAAGAUUCUGUUCUUGGAUUAACUAUCACCUCCACUGGACCAGGCAGCAUUGAGAAAGCUGGCGGUGAGAGUAUUAACUUCGACUGUCGCUUCACUCUUGCUCCAGAAGACACUGGGCCUCUGGACAUUGAGUGGAUUUUACUGGCCUCGGACAAUCGGAAUCAGGACCAAAUGAUUAUUGUUUACUCUGGAGACCGGGUUUAUGAGCAGUACUACCCUGCCAUGAAAGGGCGAGUCCACUUCAACUCUCCAGAUCCCAAAACGGGCGAUGCUUCGAUAAACAUCACCAAGCUGCUGGUCUCUGACACCGGGACUUACCUGUGCAAGGUGAAGAAGGCUCCCGGGGUUGGCAGCAGGAAAACUCUUCUCACGGUGAUGGGUAAGGAAUUUCAGGGGGGGGUUUAUCGAACGCAGGGAUGCACUGAUCCGAGUCGGGAAGCUGUCCCGUCACACGCACACAGACUUUCUGCGUGUCAUUGUGCUUUUUGUUUAUUUAUUUUAAGUAGUAGUCAGUGGUGUGUUGUUUUUUAACCCUGGUUUUCUCCC